AGCACACUCCUCCUCCGUUUGUGAGAGAGAGCUCUUCAAGUUCCAGUUCCGCCAUGAAAACUGAGAUAGAUGGGCUGUGGGUUUUCGCGCUGGCUGCGAAAUGCAGAGCGUUUUCGUCUGAUAGACUUUUCUCAUCUCUCUCCUUCUUGGUUUUAGUUUGGGUAGGGAUGGCUUUCCUCUUCUGGGUUUACCCAGGAGGCCCAGCUUGGGGAAGGUAUUGGUGGAAAACAGGGACGAAACCGAAGCCUAUACCAGGUCCACGGGGUCUACCUGUGUUUGGGAGCAUGAACCUUAUGGCCAGCCUCGGUCACCGUCGGCUAGCUGCCGCUGCGGAGCGCUGCGGAGGGAAGCGUCUCAUGGCUUUCAGCCUGGGCGAGACGCGUGUUAUAGUGACGUGUAACCCAGAUGUAGCCAAAGAAAUCCUGAACAGCUCAGUAUUUGCAGAUCGCCCAGUGAAAGAAUCUGCUUACAGCCUCAUGUUCAACCGAGCAAUUGGGUUCGCUCCUUACGGUGUUUAUUGGCGCACACUUCGCAAAAUCGCAGCCACCCAUCUCUUCUGCCCCAAACAGAUCAGUAGCUCCGCAGGCCAGAGGUUCGAAAUCGCUGCUCAGAUGGUUUCGAUGUUUGGAAGUUGUAAGGGAGAAAUCCGUGUCAGAGACACUCUGAAACGGGCUUCCCUGAACAACAUCAUGUGCUCUGUUUUCGGAAGCAAAUACGAACUCGAUUCCACAAACAACGAAAGUGACGAGCUGAGAGAGUUGGUUGAAGAAGGGUACGAACUGCUAGGGAAGCUCAACUGGUCCGACCACCUGCCUUGGCUGACCGGGUUCGACCCUCAAAAUAUCCGGCUCAGAUGCUCCAAACUCGUCCCCAAAGUAAACCAGUUCGUGAACCGCAUCAUCGCAGAGCAUAGAGCUCGAGCUCAAGCUCAAACAGGGGACAACAACAUGAAAGCCGCCAUGGACUUCGUCGACGUUUUGCUCUCUCUUGAAGGAUCUGAUAAGUUAUCAGAAACCGACAUGAUCGCCGUCCUCUGGGAAAUGGUAUUUAGAGGAACAGAUACAGUAGCAGUUCUGAUAGAGUGGAUACUAGCAAGGAUGGUACUCCACCCGAAAAUCCAAUCAAAAGUCCAGGAAGAGCUAGACAGAGUGGUUGGGAAAUCACGACGGGUGAUGGAAGAGGAUAUCCAGGCGAUGGUGUAUCUACCGGCAGUGGUGAAGGAAGUUCUCAGGCUACACCCACCAGGCCCACUCCUCUCAUGGGCCCGGUUAGCUAUCACAGACACGACAGUCGAUGGUCGACACGUGCCAUCAGGGACGACAGCCAUGGUUAACAUGUGGGCCAUCAGUCGAGACCCAGAGGUGUGGCAGGACCCACUGGAGUUUAAGCCCGAUAGGUUCGCCACCAAGGACGCUGAAGUGGAGUUCUCGGUAUUGGGGUCAGACCUGAGGCUAGCCCCUUUUGGUUCGGGUAGACGGGUCUGCCCGGGCAAGGCUUUAGGGUUGACCACGGUUAGCUUUUGGGUGGCGUCUUUGCUGCAGGAGUUCGAGUGGGUGGCAUCGGAUCAAAACCCGGUUGAGUUAUCGGAGGUGCUGAGGCUCUCCUGUGAGAUGGCCAAUCCUCUAACCGUUCAACUGCGGCGUAGGCUUGUGUAAAAGGCAAAGAAAGGCACAUUUGACACAAUUGUCUUAUUCUUGUGUCU